AUGCUCACAUUGUAAGCAUUCUUGAUCCACUAUCUAUUCCUAAUGCGAACACACCUCAGCGCUCAAAUCUUAUCUGUUAAUAUUGAGGGACUCCAUCUGAAUGUCGAACAGGUACAAACCCAGUGGCUCGGAAGGUAGCGAGUCCGACAAGGAGAAGAAGAAAGUCAAGGCUGGCAUCCCCGCUUACGCGCAGACUGUUAAGAAAAUACACGGUAAACCACAUUUUGUACGAUACAAGCAAGACAAGCCUCUCGCGACGGGGGUCGGUAUCAUGGGAGAAAUAUUUGGUGUCCCAGCUCCCAAACAUAAGGCAAAGGAAAAAGAAAAGAGGUCAAAGUCUAUCGGCGCCUUACCAACUAUUCAUAUGAUCGGAGGCACACCAGUCCUAUAUCCUCCUGGAGUAUACCCUGAGCAGGCGUACCUCGCAUAUCAUCAAAACGCCCGUCCUAUGGUUCUACCUCCCAACUAUCAGCAAGUACCGAUGAGCUCCGUAUCUCAUCCACCAAAUCCUACAGCAGCCGAUUUCUCAAAUCUUCAAGAUUUCACUAAGCACUACAAGGUUAUUCAAAACACAACUACGGAGUCAAAGGGUGCAAAGGACAGUAAAGAAGAGAAACCCUCGAAAACGAAUCGCACUGGGCAUUAUUGCAAUCAUUGCGGAAAACCGAGGUCCAAGAGAUACCAUAUCCAACACCCGUUGGUGCUUGGCCAAGUAUCAAACACAGGCUUUUGCAGGAGGUGCCAGAGCGACGCUAGCUCAACUAGUGGUUCGAGUAGCUCCAAGCAAUCGCGGAAGGUGAAGGAUAAGAAGUAUAAGCAUAAACAUAAGAGUGCACGCAAGAAGGUGCAUGUUCGAUUUGAAGGUCACAGUCCAGAUGGUUCACAGGGCAAGAGUGCGAAGAAGGGACACAAGUACAACAGCGACCCAGAAUCACAUGUGCGACGUCAAAAAUCCAAACACAAGAAGGAAAGUUAUGAACCUUCAGAACAUAGCAGCGACGAAGAGUCUUUCGAAGAAGAGGAGCGUGGACGUCAGGGACGACGACCCCCAAACCACAGAUACGAGCAUGAAUACGAAUAUUUCUCAUCACAUCCACAGCAAAGAUCCCAGCCUAUGGAACGAUACAGAACCCACGAAAGACAGUUUAGCCCAAGCGAUGUUGUUGAUGAUGCUCUUCGUAUGGCAGGCCCGCAUACCUCUUCUCCGUUGACCCGCAGCAUAAAGGUCACAGAUACGAAAAUUCGCCGGCCAUUAGCACAACAUCAUCUUCCAGACUUUCGAUAUGUUGAGCCGCAUAAUACACAUUCUGGUCACCAUCAAGGAAGGUUAGAUCGCCCAACGGAGUACAUUGAGGAGAGAAAAGCAGAAUUGUCGGAAUUCCCAUGGGUUUCGCAAGCUCGUCGUCCGGAUGAAGAUGAGUAUCUGUCUCCUAUUGAUACUACCCCGCCUAGAAACAGAGUAUCGCAACCUGAAAACUAUUACUUGCGAGAAUCUGAGCGUCGAAAUAUGGAACGGGGCUCUGGAAAUGUAAGUGUUCUACAACCCUAUAAAACCUCCACUACGCCUAUGAUAUUCUUGGACAGCACUUCGGGCUCUCAGGGUAUUUGGAACUUCCAUGGCUACAACUGCUUGGAUCUUCUAAAUACUCUGAGAUAAUGAUUGCUAUACUCCUGAACUUUCGGCACAUUACUUACAUUAGCAGGUACGCCGAGCGCAAGGAUGGACACAAGAGGAAAUUGAUGCAGAGUUAUUUCGAAGAAGGGGUCCAGAAGAUACGUACGGACAGGAGUUCACGCAAGAAGAAGCAGCACAGCAUUAUCGGGAUAAUUGGAAUAGAGAUCCAUACUAUUCUAAUGAAACAUCUCCAGCGCCACAACAAAGAGCGCCCCGUAGGAAUAAUCGUGCGGAUAUGGAUGGCUACCAGGUAGACCCAUAUGUCUCAUAUAGACAUGGUAGGUAGUUUCUUACAGAGAAUUGAAGGUUGUCUAAAUUAACGUCAAGAUAGUAGAACCACGCCGCCCUCCACGUACUCCACGUGCUCCAAGUCCUCCAGCUCCAGCUCCACCUUCGUCUCCAGCUCCAGCUCCGAAGCAAGUGGUAACGGUCGUUUUACCUACUAUUAGCGUUCAGGACUGCGAUCCAGGUGCUUAUAGAGGUGAAAAGAGGUGGCCUCCAAACCCUUCAAACCCUUCAAACCCUUCAAACCCUCCAUACCCAGUUACACCUAAGGGUGAGCAGUCAAAUAGAUAUGAUUAUGCAAAUGAGAGGCCAGAACAUGGAGCUAGAAGGCGUCAUGUUAAUGUUAGCCGAAAAUCUUCCAGAGAGCAAAUGGCUCAGGCUCAUGAUCAUCAGGAGCAACGACAUCAUGGUCGAUAUACUUCUAGAGAACAAAACUAUCAUCAGCAAGAGCAACAAUAACCUAGUCGAAGCCCUUCCCCCCGGGAACAAAUGGCCCGGCAACAUGGCUAUACCAAUUCUCCUCCUGGUCAUGAUCGAGGCCGAAGAGAACCGGGAUGGGCAAUGGUUCGAGAACCUCGUGAUCGAAGUGCUGGCCCAACGAUGGAAAGAGGAAGAAGAUAUCACGAUGGGGAAGCUGGGGCAGGGAUGAGAAGUAGUUCCGUGCCUGUCCAUGAUGAUGGAUCGCGAGUCAGCCCUUGGAGUUCUCUUGAUUACUUAGGACAGGAAUAAUGGUGGUGAUCGGUAGGAUGCCACUGGUCUGGCGUCAAGUCGGUAGUCGUUUUCCAGACAGAGCAGAUUGGUGAGUUGUGGUAGUGUAGGUAUAUAUGUGUGACGGAUAUCCAAGUGUUUACUUUAGAUGGACAUGGUUUCGAAGGACGGACCUGGGUUUGAUAGAGAGAUUCGAACAAUUGCUCUAAUCUAAUGAUAAUGGUUGAAGAUGAUUGACUUGUCUUCUGUCUUUAGGCUCAAUGACGAGGGCUGCCAUUGGCCUUUAGAGACAAUUGAACUCUAACACGGCCUUACUUGGACGAGAAUAUAUAUGUGACUUAUCGCCUACGAUAUAAGAAGGUAGGCUUACGUACGGAGGGAGUACUCUUUUAUUUGCCUCCUUCUCCAGUGGUCUCCCUGUUUCUCCUGUUGCCAUUCUAAGCGACUAUUCUAUUACUUCCCUGUACGAGUACUGGUAGUUGUUACCACACACACUUAUUGACUUGUUGACUGAGCUUUACUACCAUCACGUGGGGUUUACUCCAAAUGAGUCAUCUCAAGUCAUCGAAGCCGGCAGUUUCUAUCAAUGUAGCUUUCUGAAUAUAUAUAUAAGCACGGAUGGACAUCGAGCCUAGUGGUGUCUCCUUUCAACCGAAUCAUUUCAUCCGCUACAAAUUUCCAAAAUUCCUAUGACUGAUAUUCCCGGAUUCCACUCCCCUAAUAUAUCAUCUCUUCAGACUCCAACGAGAAAAAGAGCAUGCCACCAUUCACCAUCAGCUUCCAAAAUCCACCACAAACCCAUCUCCAUACCUACAACUGACUCCUCCCAUCCUCCGCCCAACCGGCUGACAUCCCACCAGUUUUCCUCUCUGCUUUGCAGUCCGCGAGCGAAUCUUUGUGGAGGAACAGCGUGCUUGUCCGUUGGAACACCAUCUUGAUUUUGAGGAUGCUCGUUCUUGUCAUUGCGUUGCUUUUUCCUCGUCUGGAGAGUCGGGUUCUAGUUCUGAUGAGAGGAUAGUUAGGGAUGGGGAGGGGAGAGAUGGUGCGAUAGGGAGAGCUAUUGGGACUAUACGUCUUAUUCCCUUUCCUCAUUCUGAUACCCAUCCUCAAUAUAAUUCUCAGCGUGACCCUCCGAUAUUUUCUGAUGUCUCUCCUAUUCCGUCAAAAGAGCUCUUCUUCGCGCCAUCUCCGGUCCGUAAACGGGAUCGGAAGACUUCAUUCCAUGAUGGGAGUGAGCCUUAUGUCAAACUUGGACGAUGGAGUGUCGUGCCUAAGUGGAGGAGAAAACGAGUUGGUGAUGCGUUGGUUGAGAGUGCGUUGCGUUGGGUACGGGGGAAUGCGGAGUGGGCUGCUGGAGGGGAUGGGGACGGGGAUGGGGAUGGGGAUGGGGAGUGGAGGGGUUUGGUCUGUGUUCAUGCGCAGGAGGAGGCUGUAGGGGCUUGGGGGAGGAAUGGGUUCGUGGUUGAUGAGGGGAUGGGGGAGUGGUGGGAGGCGAGGAUUAGGCAUUUGGGGAUGUGGAGGAGGGUUGUGGGUGAGGGUGGAUUGGGAGAGGAGGUGGAUUGA